AUGGCGCAGUGCGUGCGUCGGCUGGUGCUGGCGGCGACGCUCGCCGCUGCGGUGGCGCUGCUGCUGUGCACGAGCAGUGCGCCGGUGGCGCGUGCUGAUGGGACGGGCAACUUCACUGAGGAGCAGCGGACGCACACGCUGGCGGUGCUGCAGGCGUUUGGGCGUGCGAUCCCUGAGCUUGAGAAGAAGUGGACGGGCAACGACUUCUGCUCGUGGGACCACGUAGCGUGCGUGUCAGUCAACGUCUUCGUAGGUCUCAAUGUUUCGACGUAUGCCGGCACGCUGCCGGAGAUACCUGUGAACGUCGACUACAGGCACGUCAUGAUCCGGGACCUGGGGUUCUGGAAUAUGCCACUGCUGAGCGGGACGCUGCCGGACAGCUGGAGCCAACUGGGAGGACUGCUCUCCGUUACGUUGUCGGGCUGCGGCGUGAGCGGUACACUGCCCGCCUCAUGGGGCUUGAUGGUUCGUUUACGUGAAUUGACUGUGAGAGAUUGCAGGCACCUCACCGGCAGCCUGCCUUCUUUGUGGAGCUGGCUGCCUAAUUUACAGAAGCUGGUGCUGAGGCAACUGCAGCUGAGCGGUACGCUGCCGGCUGAGUGGAGCCGGGUGACGUCACUGCUUGAGCUGGAGAUCGUUGCUGCAGGCGACAUCACCGGCACGCUGCCGCCCGAGUGGAGCUCGAUAAAAUCGCUGAGAACUCUUAAUCUGGAGGGUACUCAGGUCUCCGGCACACUGCCCCCGGGAUGGAGUGAGAUGAAAUCGCUGACCAAUCUCGAGCUGGAGGGUACUCAGGUCUCCGGCACGCUGCCCCCAGGAUGGAGCUCGAUAAAAUCGCUGAGAACUCUUAAUCUGGAGGGUACUCAGGUCUCCGGCAGUCUGCCGCCCGAGUGGGUCUCGAUGGCAUCGCUGAGAACUCUUAAUCUGGAGGGUACUCAGGUCUCCGGCACACUGCCCCCGGGAUGGAGUGAGAUGAAAUCGCUGACCAGUCUCGAGCUGGAGGGUACUCAGGUCUCCGGCACGCUGCCCCCAAGAUGGAGUGAGAUGAAAUCGCUGAGAACUCUUAAUCUGGAGGGUACUCAGGUCUCCGGCACACUGCCCCCGGGAUGGGGUGAGAUGAAAUCGCUGACCAAUCUCUAUCUGGAGGGUACUCAGCUCUCCGGCAGUCUGCCCACGGAAUGGAGAGGGAUGAAAUCGCUGACCAAUCUCUAUCUGGAGGGUACUCAGGUCUCCGGCAGUCUGCCGCCCCAGUGGAGCUCACUGACAUCGCUGAGAACCCUUGAUCUGGAGGGUACUCAGGUCUCCGGCAGGCUGCCGCCCGAGUGGAGCAGGAUGUUGAGUGCCGAGAACCUGCAGCUGGAGCACUGCGACCUGUCCGGCAGUCUGCCGCCCGAGUGGUCUGCGAUGCCAAGGCUGCGUCUUGUCGGACUGAGGGGCAACCACUUCUGCGGGUGUGUGCCGGACUCGUGGGGCAAGAAUGCUGGUCUCCUUGUAAGAAUCGAGGACGAGCACAAGGGCAGGGACUGCAGGCUCGGUAACGACUGCCGCACGACUGAACCCACCACCACUGCUACCCCAACAAACACGCCUACUCCUGCGCCCGCUCCUUAG